AUGGCCCUAAUGAUGGACUCUCUGAGCACCCCUUUUCCUGCCAGCCAGCUCACAGAGCACAGACUCAACAACUCCUGCUGUCAGAUCCAAGAUGAGUUCCUCUCUGUGACGCUCCCCGUGAUGUACUCUCUCAUCUUCAUCAUCGGGCUGCUCAGCAACGUCCUGGCACUCUGGGUGUUCUGGUGUGGUGUGCAGCGCACAACCUCCAUUACCGUGUACAUGAGGAACCUGGCGCUCUCUGAUCUGCUGCUCUCCCUCUGCCUGCCCUUCCGCAUUGCCUUUCACAGCAAGCAUGAGCCUCUGAUCUUCUGCAACAUCGUGGGGGCCUUCUUCUACCUCAACAUGUAUGUCAGUAUCACAUUUCUCAGUCUCAUCAGCCUCGACCGCUACCUGAAGAUCAUCCGGCCUCUGCAGAAAUUUAGGAUUCACACCGUGUCCUGUAGCACCAUGGUCUCUGGGGUGGUUUGGUUGGUGCAUGCAGUGUUCAUGCUGCCUUUCUUUUUUGAGACAAAAGGAAAAGGGCCCUGUAAACAUAAAUGCUUCCACUUCAGAAGCAAAAGCACUACAGCAGCAGCUUUUAACAUGGUUGCAGUAGCCACUUUCUUCAUCCUGCUGCUGCUUUUCCUCUACUUCUACAGCAAGAUAUUUGCCAAACUCAGCAGAGUCUCCUCUGUGAAAGCUCAGCAGCUGAAGAAGAAAACUAGCACAAGAGCCAUUGCCAAGACCUUCGUAGUCCUGGUCAUCUUCAUUGUAUGCUUCACCCCCUACCACAUUGUCCGCAUUCCUUACAUCCUUGCACAGGUUGGGGCCAUUUCUAGUCUGCCUUGGAAGCAGGGUCUCCACCUCGCUAAUGAGCUUGUGCUCUGCAUCUCAGCCCUCAACAGCUGCCUUGACCCAGUCAUCUUCUUCUUCCUGUCCAGCAGCUUCCGAAGGGCUGUGCUCUGCACCAUCCAGGGUCAGCUGAAGAGAGCUCUCCUGAGGAACCAGGGUGGGCUGAGCCACAGCAGGUCUGUGACGGAGAUAUAG